GGCGCUGCGGGCUUUAUCCCCGUGUGGUUUUAUUUACUUUCAGUGUGUUUUGUGCUAAUGGUUUAACUGGAUUUUAGGAAUGAAAAGGAGCAUCUGUUUGCGAUCUGUGAGCUUCGCUUAAGCCCAAGAUGGUUGUGGUGGCCGCAGUUUCGGAUUUCACUUUCUUCUUAUUAGUUAAAAGGAGCGUUUGCAAUUGCGUGUGUGUGUAUUCUGUGCAUAAACUAUAUAAAUAAAACCAUAAACUAUAUAAAGAAACGGCACGUCUAGAUGAUUAUAUAGUUUUAUAAACACACACACACAGAGUCAGACCCGUAUCUAGUCCGUACACACAAAGACCUGUGCCCGGAAUUUGAGACCGGAGCCGCUGGCGAGAUCCUAGGAGGGGACGGCAGCGGGGGUAGUUCUCUCGCCCUGCAAAGUGACAGGGAAACUACUUGCUUUGUGUCUGUAAAAUACGGGCUCCCCUUACGACGCCCAUACGACGGGGAUGACCGGAGCCAUCAGCUACCACCCGUACGGCAGCCCUGCCUACCCCUACCAGCUCAACGACCCCGCGUACAGGAAAAACGCCACCCGCGACGCCACGGCCACGCUGAAGGCCUGGCUGCAGGAGCACCGCAAGAACCCCUACCCCACCAAGGGCGAGAAGAUCAUGCUGGCCAUCAUCACCAAGAUGACCCUCACCCAGGUCUCCACCUGGUUCGCCAACGCCCGCCGGCGGCUCAAGAAGGAGAACAAGAUGACCUGGGCCCCGCGGAACAAGAGCGAGGACGAGGACGACGACGAAGGCGACGGGGCGAGGACUAAAGAGGAGAGUCCCGACAAGAUGCCCGAAAGCAACGAAACCUCCGCGGAGGACGAAGGGAUCAGCUUGCAAGUGGACUCGCUGACGGACCACUCCUGCUCGGCCGAGUCGGACGGCGAGAAGCUGCCCUGCCGAGCGGGCGACCCCCUCUGCGAGUCGGGCUCGGAGUGCAAGGACAAGUACGAGGACAUCGAGGAGGAGGAGGAAGAGGAGGAGGAGGACGAGGAGGAGGAGGAGGAGGAGGACAUCGAGGAAGACGACGGCGGCGGCGGCGGCGGGGAGCGCGACCCGCCGGCCAAGCCAGCCACCUCCUCGCCGCUGGCCGCCGUGGAGGCCCCGCUCCUCGGCCACCCGCACGCCGACGCCGCCCGCAGCGCCAGCAAGGCGGCGCUGGGCGGCCGCGCCUCCCCCGGUCCCCCGACGCCGGCCAGCAAGCCCAAGCUCUGGUCGCUGGCCGAAAUCGCCACCUCGGACCUCAAGAGCCAGAGCCUGGGCCAAGGGUGCCAGGCUGCGCCGCUCUCCUCGGCCACCCCCGCCUCCGCCCCGCACAGCGCUGCCUACUCGCCCUCCUCCCUCCUGGGGAGGCAUAUUUAUUACACCUCACCUUUUUAUAGCAAUUAUACAAACUAUGGGAACUUUAACGCUCUCCAGAGCCAGGGAAUCCUGAGAUACAACUCCGCGGCAGUGGCUUCAAACGAGGGACUAAGUCAGACUGUCCUAAACGCCAGCUCUGUCCACAAGCAGAGCAGUGACUCUUUGAAAACCAUCACUAACCAGCUAGAACAGCAUUACAGGCCCUCUAGUUAUGACUCUAAGAAAGAUCCCACUGAAGUCUGCACAGUAGGAGUACAACCAUACCUAUAGAAGUGCAAUCACACAGCAAUGCAAGUAGGUGUCACAAUUGCUUUGAAAAAAGUCAGCAAGCCAUCAUCUCUCCCCGAGCUAAUAUAUAUAACAAAUCUCUAAAUCCGGAUCACAUCUUGUGCCACUGUAUAAAAGAAGACCACAGAGCACUAUUAAAUCUUCAGACUCUAAUUAUUAAACCAGAAUUUUGUUGGACAUAUGUGAGUUUGCUGGUAUAGUAUAGUUUCCCCAAUGUAUGUGUGACUUUUGAAAACAGAUCUGUUUUUCUCAGGAUAUCUUGAAUUGAUCACUUCAUUGCCACGGUAUAUAUUCGAUAGGUGUGAUAGGAUUUAUUGUAAAAUUUAUUUGUAAAAGAUGUAUACAGUAGAGAUAAUAAAGACGUGAUUGGAGAACUUGAGUCCUUACAAAGUGGAAACAAAUUUGAUAUUUAUUUUUGUAACGAUAUAAAGCUUCUAGUAAUUUAUGCAAGUUGUAUUGCAAUGGAAUCUGAACUUUUUGUAAAUAAAUUUUGCCUGGUUUUUAUUUGAAACGUUGAUGGUUAUACAAUCUUUGGUUGUUUAACGAGAAUUCUUUACUAAUUUAUAUCUCUAAUUGUAAAUAAAAACAGACUAGUC